GACAAACAAUUCCGAGGGAAAACAAAAACUCGGAAUAUUGUUCUGUUUGCCUUUCUUCUCCCAUUGUUCUAAAUUUUGUAUUUCACAAGGAAAUACAUUUUGUGAUAUUCUAAAGUUUCAUAAUAAUAUUAUUUAGAGAUGAAGGAGAAGGUGGUGGGAUGGAGGAGCAAACGGGUUUUUUUCCUUUGGUGGCUUUGUUUCUUGCUCGGUGUCUGUUCUGAGAAGACAACAUCAAGAAGAGGUUUAAGGGAGACCCUGGCCAAGAAAUCGAGAACUUCUAAUUCUGGAGUCAUGCUGAAUUCUAACAACCGCCAACAGUUGGUGGUUGACAAUGGUAUUGUCGCGGUUACCUUUUCAAAGCCUGAGGGCAACAUACUUGGAAUAUCAUAUAACGGAAUUCACAAUAUACUUGAAGAUGAAAACGAAGAUCAAGAUAGAGGGUACUUGGACGUGGUUUGGAAUACACCGGGAAAGCCUAGUAAUUGUCAGAGAAUAUACGGGACAAAAUUUUCGGUUAUAGCAGCUGACGAGAAUAUGGUCGAGGUUUCAUUCUCAAGAACAUGGACAUCAUCCAUGAAUGACUCAAGUGUCCCCAUGAAUAUUGACAUGAGAUACAUUUUUCGAAAUGGUGAUUCAGGGUUUUAUUCAUAUGCAAUAUUUGAUCGCCCUGAAGGAUUGCCCGCGGCGGAGAUUGACCAAAUUAGGAUUGUAUUCAAACUCAAGAAAGACAGGUUUAACUACAUGGCUAUAUCAGAUGAAAGGCAGAGAAAUAUGCCAACGAUGAGAGACAGAGAAGCUGGACAAAUCCUAGCAUUCCCAGAAGCAGUUCUAUUAACCAGACCAAUCAGCCCAAAAUUCAGAGGAGAGGUGGAUGAUAAAUACCAGUACUCAUGUGAGAACAAGGACAACAAUGUUCAUGGGUGGAUCAGUGUUGAUUCUUCUAAUGCACCAUCCGUGGGUUUCUGGAUGAUAACGCCCAGCAACGAGUUUCGCAAUGCUGGGCCCAUCAAGCAGGACCUUACUUCCCAUGUUGGCCCCAUCACUCUCGCGAUGUUUAUGAGUGCUCACUAUGCUGGCAAGGAGGUAACCAUGGCAUUUCAACAAGGAGAGACUUAUAAAAAGGUUUUUGGCCCUGUAUUCGCCUAUUUUAACAAUGCUUCAAGAGAGGAUGAUAUACUAUCCCUCUGGUCAGAUGCUGUGCAGCAGCAAUCUAAAGAAGUCACAAGUUGGCCUUACGAUUUUCCUAAAUCAGUAGAUUUCAUUCCACCGAAUCAAAGGGGAAUAGUUUUGGGAAGAUUAUUAGUCCAAGAUAGGUACUUCAGAGUAGGUAAACUUCUAUAUGCUAACAAUGCUUAUGUUGGGCUAGCUUUGCCUGGAGAUGAAGGAUCAUGGCAGAUAGAAAGCAAGGGUUAUCAAUUCUGGACUCGAGCUGAUACAAAGGGUUUCUUCCUAAUAAAUAAUAUUGUGCCAGGUGACUAUAAUUUUUAUGCAUGGAUUCCUGGCUUCAUUGGUGAUUACAGAUAUAAUGCUACAAUCACCAUCACACAAGGUAGAAUUUAUUCCCUAACCAUCUUGUGUGUUAAGGCCAAAAUAAGUCAUUACUUUGCCCAAUUUAACAAUUACUUGUUUGAACCUCUAGGAGGAGUCAUCAAAUUGGAUUCACUUGUGUAUGUUCCUCCAAGAAAUGGACCAACCCUAUGGGAAAUUGGGUUUCCAGAUCGCACGUCUGCAGAAUUCUAUGUACCAGACCCUUAUCCUACGCUCAUGAACAAAUUAUACAACGAAGAGCACAGAGACAAGUUUAGGCAAUACGGGUUGUGGGAACGUUAUACUGAUCUAUAUCCAAAUGAUGAUCUUGUUUACACGGUUGGUGUUAGCAAGUAUAGAAAGGAUUGGUUUUAUGCUCAUGUUACGAGAAGCACAGGAAAUAAGACAUACCAGCCAACCACAUGGCAGAUUGUAUUUGAACAUCCAAAUCAAAUAAUAAGAGGAAACUACACAUUGCAACUGGCCUUGGCAUGUACUGCUGAUGCUGACCUUCAGGUUCGGGUCAAUAACCCUAGUGCUAAUCCACCAGACUUUGCAACGGGGAAAAUGGGAGGAGAUAGUGCCAUAGCAAGGCAUGGUGUGCAUGGAUUAUAUAGGCUAUUCAGCAUUAACGUACCAAGUGAUCGAUUUGUGAAAGGAACCAACACCAUCUAUCUGAGGCAGUCAAGAGCCAUGAACCCUUUUCAAGGAGUUAUGUAUGAUUAUAUCCGUUUAGAACGACCUCCAUUAACACUGAUUUAAUUGUGUUUAACUUUCAAGUCUAUAUGGUCAAAAUAGUCGUCUCUACGGUCAAGAUGACCGUGUAUGUAGACUCUAGGCAUUUUGUUUUGUUCUUUUGAACAAAUUACAUUGGUCUCUUCUCAUAUUAGUACUUAUUACACGGACACCCCUCUUUAGAUUACCAUUACACACAAUUAUGGGUGAAAAUGAGCCGAGUUGCUUGUUGAGGGCCUUUGACUUGGUCUAUGUAAAGUUUGGCUCGGCUCGGCUUAUUUACUAUAAAGGCCAAGCUCAAGCUUUUUAAAAAGUCUUUUUAGAUAAAAAGGUCAAGCUCAAACUAUAAAAAAGCUUGUUAAGCUUGAUAAGUCA